AUGCUUUGCGUCCGACCAGAGCGAGAAGGAGACGCUGCGGCCAUCCGGCGAGUGGUGUAUGCCGCGUUUGAGCAUCACACUGCCAUCACUGAACACCGCAUUGUGGACGCCCUGCGCCAGGACGGUGCCCUCUCCGUCUCGCUCGUGGCAGUUGAGGCGAUCGAAAGCGGUGAUGGGGAGGUAGUGGGCCACGUGGCGCUCUCGCCAGUCCAGGUGGAUGGCAACGCGUGUGGCUGGUAUGGUCUUGGCCCGGUGGCGGUGCGACCUGACCGUCAGGGGCGUGGGUACGGCAAGAUGCUGGUGGCGCGAGCCAUCGAGGAGGCUCGCGGGAGCCUGGCCGCGGCUGGGCUGGUCGUGUUGGGCGAGCCGGCCUUCUACGGCAAGUGGUUCGGGUUCGCUACGCUGGAGGGUCUCACGCUGGAGGGCGUUCCCGCCGACCACUUCAUGGGCCUUUGCCUUCUGCCACCACACGAGGAUCACGAAGGCCGGAUCUCGAGCGCUGAUGAUGGAACUACUGUGGUUGCUCGAACUGCCCCACCAUGUCCAGUCGGGAAGGUGACCUUUCACCCUGGCUUCUCCCUGUCGUAG